GGGAAGAGGUGGAGAGCAGAGGGUUGGAGUGAUGAUGAGAGGGAGAGAUUGAAUGAGAGGGACACAGGGCCAGUGAGAAAACCAUCACAAUAAAAUCUUCCCCAACAAUCAAGGAAGUGGGAAGACUGAACGCCUUUCCACCCCCGAAUGGCUGCCUAGUUUCUAACAAACAGAGAUCCUGCAGCAGCCUAUAAAGUUCUGGGUGCGGGGGCAGACGGGGUCGUGGCUCUGAAGGAUGGACCACUUCAUAAGGAGCAGGUCGCGCAGAAGAAUACCGCUAUUUAUUUUUAUACUACUUCAUCUAACUGCGGCUAAAGCUGCUGAUCCUGUUGAUGUUUUGCGAGUGCUUGGGCUGUCAGAGAGCAUGGAGGGAGUUUCCUUGGAGGCUGGUUUCUGCACCAGCAGGAGGGGCACGGAGGAGACAGACCUGGCUUACAAGAUCAAAAAGAUCCAACUCAGCACUCCCACUAAACAGCUAUUCCCUGAUUCCAGAUUUCCUGAAGAUUUUUCCCUGAUGGCUACCGUCAGAGCUAAAAAGGGUUCCCAGUUCUUCCUUUUUUCAGUGUAUGAUGACCAGGGGGUGCAGCAAGUGGGGAUCGAGGUGGGCCGGUCCCCAGUCUUUGUGUAUGAAGACCAGCAUGGGGAGCCCACCCCACAACUCUAUCCUAUUUUCAGGAGAAUCAACAUGGCAGAUGGAAAAUGGCAUAGGAUAGCCUACAGUGUGUUCAACAAGACUGUGACCCUUUACUUGGACUGCCAGAUGGUGCAAACUCUGGAUCUGCUGCGGGGGGACAAUGCUGUGGUCAGCACCGAGGGGGUCAUUGUUUUUGGAACUCGGCUGCUUGAUGAAGAAGUUUUUGAGGGAGAUAUUCAGCAACUGAUGAUUGUGGAUGACCCUCAGGUUGCUGCCAACUACUGUUUAAACUUCAUGCCUGAUUGUGACUUUGCUUUGCCGUACAACAAUCAUACUCUGGACCAACAGGAGUCGAUGCAAAAUAACCAUCCGGAUGAAUCAAAAAAAUCCUCUAAAAAGGGAAGGAGAGGCAAGAAAGACAAAAAGAAGAGGGACAAAGGCUCUAAAGGAAAACGCAAAGGCAAGGGAAAGGGCAAGAAGGGUUCCAGAAAGAAGAAGCAUGAAGCGGAGAGUCUAGAAGAAGGCCUCUAUCGAGCAACUACACCACUGCCCGAGUUUCAGUUACAGGAACUUUUGCAGCCAACAAAAUUACCCCAAAGCCAGAGCGACCUUGAAACUGUUCUUCCAACUGACGUGGUUGACAAGACCACAAUGGUGAUGCCUACAUAUAAAUCUGACUUCACCUCUGAGGCUCCCACCAAGGUGUCCAGUACACUGCCUGUAUCAAAGGUUACCAAGGAGGAAACCACGCCAGUGAACACACCACUGGUGGUGAGUUAUGAAGAUGACUUUUAUGAGGACUUGAAUGAAGAUCUCUCUGUUUCUACAGUAAAUGUGGGUCCAAAUUCUACCAAUUAUGAGAACCUUGAAUAUGAAGACUUUUUAAAUGAAACACAUUAUGAAGAAUAUGAAAUAUAUGAGGAUGACUUUGACUUUGCAGAGAGGGAAAGAGCUAAGACAUUGGAUGUUAAGGCCAUUCUCAGAGCAGAGAAAGGCCAAAAGGGAGAACCAGCUAUUAUAGAACCGGGUUUAUUAGUGGAAGGACCCCCAGGCCCGCCCGGGCAAGAAGGACUUCCCGGGCCAGCUGGACCAAUAGGCCCUCCAGGACCCAGGGGAGAUCCUGGUGAUGUGGGUCCCCAAGGGAGGCCUGGUCUUCCUGGGGCUGAUGGGAUCCCAGGUCCUCCAGGAACCCUGCUCAUGCUACCAUUCCAGUUUGGAGGCGAUUCACAGAAAGGGCCAGUGGUGUCUCCCCAACAAGCACAAGCACAAGCAAUCCUGCAACAGACCAAGCUGUCACUUCAGGGCCCUCCUGGUCCAUUAGGCCUUACAGGACGACCAGGUCCAGUGGGUCUUCCAGGUCCACCUGGGCUCAAAGGAGACCAAGGAGACAACGGCCCCUCUGGACCCCGUGGAUUUCCAGGACCCCCUGGAAUGAAUGGAAAGCCAGGCAAGAGGGGACGUGCAGGUGUUGAUGGAGGCCGUGGAGCUCCAGGUGAAACAGGUGUAAAGGGUGACAGGGGUUUUGAUGGCCUGCCAGGCCUCCCAGGAAACAAGGGACACAUGGGGGACAGAGGACGGUCUGGUCCUCCUGGGCCUGUUGGAGAGCCAGGAGAGAAGGGUUCUGAUGGACCUGUGGGGCCAAGAGGUCAACCAGGUGAACCAGGUCCCCGAGGUCUUGUUGGGCAAAGGGGGCCACCUGGCCAACCUGGCCAGCCAGGGAUUAGUGGAAUUGAUGGAGUGCAAGGAUCCAAAGGCAACCUGGGUCCGCCUGGAGAAAUAGGGCCCCCAGGCCAACAAGGAAACCCAGGAGCUCAGGGGUUUCCUGGUCCUCAGGGUCCCAUUGGAUUGCCAGGAGAAAAGGGUCCCCAAGGUAAACAGGGCAUGCAGGGACUGCCAGGCGUUGAUGGUCCUCCUGGUCACCCAGGAAGAGAGGGCCCACCAGGAGAAAAAGGCAUCCAAGGUUUACCGGGUGCCCAGGGACCUAUUGGAUAUCCAGGCAGUCGAGGAGUUAAGGGAGCAGAUGGAGUUAGAGGUCUAAAGGGGAGCAAGGGGGAAAAGGGAGAAGAUGGCUUUCCAGGAGCAAAGGGUGACAUGGGUGUUAAAGGAGACAGGGGUGAUUCUGGCACUCCUGGUCCUCGUGGAGAAGAUGGACCAGAAGGACUGAAAGGACAAACUGGACCUCUAGGAGAUCCAGGAGCCCCUGGUAUAGCAGGAGAGAAGGGUAAACUCGGGGUUCCUGGCCUGCCGGGUUACCCUGGACGACAAGGUCCCAAGGGAUCACUUGGUUUCCCUGGUGUGGCCGGAUCCCUGGGAGAAAAAGGAAGAAGGGGUCCUGUUGGUCAACCAGGUUCUGGAGGUCAAAGAGGUCCUAAUGGAUCCCGGGGGGACAGAGGAGCAAGGGGGCCAACUGGGAAGCCUGGAGAAAAGGGAUCAGCUGGACAAGAUGGUCCUCCAGGAUCUCCUGGAGAACAGGGUCCUCAAGGGCCACAAGGUCAAAAUGGAGAAACAGGACCGAAGGGACCCAAUGGUCUACCAGGGAAGGAUGGAUUACCAGGUCAUCCAGGUCAGAGAGGAGAACCAGGUUUCCAAGGCAAGAAUGGACCACCUGGCCCCCCAGGAGUUGUUGGGCCACAGGGAAAAUCUGGUGAGACAGGGCCAGCUGGAGAUAGAGGUCAUCCAGGUUCACCAGGACCACCAGGUGAGCACGGUUUACCAGGAACUGCUGGAAAGGAGGGUGCUAAGGGAGAUCCAGGUCCAUCAGGAACCCCUGGGAAGAGUGGACCCGCUGGCCUAAAAGGCUUCAGAGGAAGCAGAGGAACCCCUGGUGCAAUGGGCCCUGCUGGUCUCAAGGGGGGAGAAGGUCUACCAGGUGUUCCAGGGCUUACUGGUGCUACAGGAGAGAGGGGUCCUGCUGGGCCCGCUGGAGCAAUUGGCCCACCAGGACGACCAGGCAGCGUGGGCCCUGCUGGGCCAAAUGGAGAGAAAGGCAUGCCAGGAGAGAAGGGAACCAUUGGCCCUGCUGGGCGUGAUGGGGAACUAGGACCCACAGGGUUGCCCGGGGUUAUAGGACCUCCUGGGCCUCCUGGGGAGGACGGAGACAAGGGAGAAACAGGUGGACCGGGCCAAAAGGGCAGCAAAGGAGACAAAGGAGAAAUUGGACCUCCUGGACCCGUAGGAAUUCAAGGACCUGUCGGCCAUCCAGGACCUUCUGGCAUGGAUGGAGAGCCAGGUCUACGGGGUCAAAUGGGCUUAAAUGGACCAAAAGGUGAUGAGGGAUCUAGGGGCUUUAAGGGACCAUCUGGUCCAUCUGGAUUGCAGGGAAUGCCAGGACCCCCAGGAGAGAAAGGAGAGAAUGGGCAUGUUGGUCCAAUGGGGCCUCCAGGACAGCACGGCCCACGAGGCCCUCAGGGACCCCCUGGAGCUGAGGGCCCACCUGGCUUGCCUGGAGGAGUUGGUCAGCCAGGUCUUGUUGGAGAGAAGGGGGAGGAUGGGGAAGCAGGUGAUCCAGGGGCAGCUGGGGAGCCUGGUCCUCCAGGUUCUAAAGGUGAUGUGGGUGAGAAGGGUGAUGCUGGUCCUUCUGGGGCAGCAGGGCCACCUGGAACCAGAGGAAUACCAGGAGAAGAUGGACCUAAAGGCAACCUUGGUCCUCUUGGAUUCCCUGGAGAUACAGGCCCCCCUGGAGAACCAGGCAUCAAUGGGGUUGAUGGAUCACCUGGACCUAAAGGAGACAGUGGAGAAAUUGGAAAAACUGGACCACCAGGAGCCUCUGGAGAGCCUGGUCCACCUGGACCUCCUGGUCGGAGGGGUCAUGUUGGUGCUGCAGGAAAAGAAGGGAAGCAAGGCAUGAAGGGAGUCAAAGGAACUAAAGGAACUCAAGGUCCACCUGGAAAGACAGGGCCAGUAGGACCACAAGGCCAUCCAGGGAGGCCUGGCCCAGAAGGUCUUCGAGGCAUUCCAGGUCCUGCGGGUGAGCAAGGGUUGAAUGGACCACCAGGACAGACCGGACCGCCGGGACCAAUAGGUCCACCAGGGCUACCAGGGUUAAAAGGAGACCCUGGGAAAAAAGGAGAAAAAGGCCAUGGAGGGUUGAUUGGCUUAAUUGGCCCCCCAGGAGAACCUGGUGAGAAAGGUGAUAGAGGCCUUCCAGGGAAUCAAGGUUUACCAGGAUCUAAAGGAGAUGAGGGUGUGGUCGGCCCACCUGGUCCUGUCGGCCACCCAGGUUCACCCGGACUGUCUGGAGCAGCUGGCGAGAAAGGAUCUAAGGGGGAGAUGGGUUAUGUUGGUCCCAGAGGAGAUCCAGGGCCUGCUGGUCCUCCAGGACCCCCGGGACCCCCUGCAACAUUUGUUCAACCGCUGCCAGUUCAUGAAGAGAGGAGGAAAAGACGAAGGCACUCAGACAAUGCAGGAGGAGCAACCCCAUUAAUGGAGGAAGAUGUCCAUUUUAACACUGAUGAGUUCCUACAGGGAGAUCAGCCUCUGGAAGAUGCUGAGGGAAUGGAGGAGGUGUUUGCCACUCUCUCUUCCAUGAAGAAUGAAGUAGAGCUCAUGAGAAAGCCCCUGGGGACCUUUGAAAGUCCAGCCAGGACCUGCAAGGAACUUAUGAUGGUUCAACCUGACUACAAAGAUGGAGAGUACUGGAUAGAUCCUAACCAGGGCUGUCACAGAGACUCCAUUAAGGUCUUCUGUAACUUUACAGCCUUUGGAGAGACCUGCCUGCAACCUAACAAAAAGAUUGAGAUGGUUAAACUGUCCUCGUGGAACAAAGAGAAACCAGGAAGCUGGUUCAGCCAAUACAGGAGGGGCAAACAGUUUUCUUACAUUGACAGGGAUGGGAACCCCGUGCAUGUAGUUCAGCUGACCUUCCUGAAGCUGCUAAGCGCCACAGCCAGGCAGCGCUUCACCUAUACCUGUCAGAACUCAGCUGGCUGGUUUGACAGCUCCUCCCGCUCCUACCAGCAUGCACUCCGCUUCCGGGGCAGUAAUGAUGAGGAACUGACACAAGCCAAGAGCCCUUUCAUUACACCAGUGCACGAUGGAUGCCAGUCUCGCAAAGGCCUGGAAAGGACCAUUUUAGAGAUUGUCUCCCCCUCCGCAGAGCUGCUCCCCGUUAUAGAUUUUGCUCCACUGGACUUUGGCAACAACAGCCAGAAGUUUGGCUUCCAAGUUGGACAAGUAUGCUUCAAUGGCUAACACAUCUAGAAUCAACAAAAGAAAUUGGACUGGCUGUGGAGGGUCAACUUUUCCAUUGUGUGGUAUAUUUUUUAAGACCCAUCUACACACCUUGCAAUAUGUCGUGGAUUUUUAACAGUGAGAAUCACAGCAAGAAGAAGAUACCAAACAACUGGGAUGACAUUUUUAUAAAAGGGAAUUAUUAGAGUUGGAAAUAUUUAAUUUCUUUUACUCUUUUCUUGCGGACUGUAAAUUAUACUCUGGAUUCAGAAGGACUACCCUACACCACCAUAAAGAAGCAGUAGUCUUUCUUUUUUUACUGCAACAUGGGACAGCUAGGUUGGACUUUUUAGAUAAUUAACUUCUCGCCAUUCUAGUAUCUUGCAAAAUCCAAGACUGAAUAAAUCUGAAUUGCAAUACUCCUUUGCAUGUUUAAAUUGCUCAACAAUAACAAUUGCAGAGCAGUUGUGAACCAGCAGAGCAUAUUAAUUCCACACUAGCUCUGUAAUUAAAUUUCUAUGUGCAGGGAUGAUAAAUUGUCCUUUUUACCCUUCAACUGCACUUUGCUCGAUGAAUUACCUUGUUGUAUAUUCAUUAGGAGUAGUGAGCUAUUGAACCCAAUGCUUACUUGAACGAAUACGGCUGUUCUCUUUUAUGGACUGCUUCCGUUCUAUAACCUUCCUAACAAGGUUUUCGAGCCAUCUGUGUUUCUGCCGGCUAGAGUUUUGUUUUUUAGAGAAAUAGCAAUUCAGCAGAGGUAAAUAAUCACUUAGUGUUCUCUUCUCUAAACAGGAAAGCUUUGCACCAAGAAAUAUUUUAUACAACUGAGAGCAAAUUUUCUUACAUGAACUGUUUGAUUUUCAAUGCCUGACUUAAGAUUUUUUGUGUGCACAUCGUAUUUUUUUUCUUUGCGUUUUUUAUUCAGGCAUAAUUUGCUCUGCUGUGGUGCUACAGAUGAUUCUGUUAUUUUUGUGUAACUAUGUUUGUGUGUCUCCAUGGGUAGGUUUAUAGGACUAGAUAGUUUAUUGCUCUUUCAGCAGCACGAUACACUCAACCAGGAUUGUGACAGUGCUACAGAUUCCUUUUUUAUUUGCACAUCUUCUGGCUGAUUGUGUUAUUAUCACAAAGCCUGCGAAUGGAGACUCAAAAAAUGUUCAGGGGAGCAUGGUUGAUUGCUCGCAAGGGGAAAAUCUGCUUCUAAGCCAAUUUUAGAUUCUAAUGUUCCAAAGGCUUUCAGAAAUAGAACCCAGUAUCAAAAACAAAGAUAUCUUAGACAAAACAUAUUAUUUAGAAAAUAUAAAUGUAUGUCAGAUUUGUGUAUAAUCUCCAUACAUUAAGUUUCAAAGUAUAACCCUCCCAGUUGAAAUGACAUAUUUAUUUGCAUGUGAGGGCAUCUCUACUGUAGAACUCCACUUGGGUCACCCAGCAUACAUGUAUUUAUACUUAAACUGUUUUUAAAUCGGGUGACCUCAUUCAAUAACUUUAAUUAUCUGCCAAUUCAGUCAUUCUUUUUUUAUUAUUUAAAUAUGUACUUAGACCCCAGUGAUGCUUAACAACAACAUUUCUCUUCUUUCUUUAAGAGAUAAAAGGGUGUCUUCAACUCGGCUCCUUAGGUAGAGUAGGAUAUUGCUAGGUUAUUGGGACAUAAUCUUGGAAUUUUUUGCAGCUUCUUAAGUUCUGAUUUUGGCUUCAUGCAGCAGCUGUGACCAAUUUAAAUCUAAUUGUUUAAAGUAACUUUUAGAGUAAUAUUAGGUUUUGAAUUUCCAUUGUCUUCAAUCUCCAGGUUUUGCUUAUUGUCUGGAUUUCCCAUGGUUUAUAUAAAGCAUUUCUUGUAACAUUGCUUCUCCUUACCAUUACAUUUUCACAAUUAUAUAUUUUAAAAUCUUUGCGGCAUGCAAACUAUGACUUAGCCUAAGAAUACAUUCUAUUUGGACCUUUAAAUUAUACUUUAAUUGUAUUAGAUUAAUUGGAUACAAUUGGAAAUGUAAAUUAUAUAAAACAUUAAAUAAGUAGAUUGUGAAAAAAGAAUAAUUUAUUUAUCAAAGCUUAUACAUUUUAAAAGUCACAGUUAUUAAUAGACAGUUUCCACGAACUGGGUUAAUUAUUAUUCUCUGAAUUGGCAAAUCAGGCUGCAAGAACAUGUAAAAAUUACACGUACCUAUGAAUUCCAGUUUGAUGGAAAAUUUUAUCUCAAGCUUAACUAACAAGCGCUUAACUACCUCCUCUGACUCAAAAUGUAGAGUGCGUAAACAGCGAGUGUAAUUAUAUUAUUCAGUCCUGCUGUUCUGUUUGUUUGAUGGCAGUUAUGCAGUGCAGUUAUUUCCCUCCUCCUCUCCUGUAUCUCACUGCCCCUUUUGUGAAUAUUGUUUAUUGUACUAAAUUUAUAAACUGUACAGUUCUUCCUUUGACAAUAUAACCCAUAGGCUGUUAUCAGCAAUAUGAAUAUGCAUUUUUCUAAAGUUGAUUUGCAAAUAAAGGUGCUCCAAUUUGG